AUGUUGCUUUUUCUUCUCUUUUUUGUGUGCUUCACAAGCGACGCUUAUGAAAGGCAGCUGCUUGGAAGAGGAAUAUAUGUACCCCAAGAGAACAUACUGGGAGACAUGGACAACGUUGGAGCACGGGUAUGUUGUCUGCUAGUAUUUGCAAUGUAAAUGAAUGUCUGUGGAAUGACCAGCUGUAUAUAUAUACCUGGAUUUUUGAAAACCGGGUUAGCAAAAAUAUCAAGUCAUUCUACUACUUGGUAAUUUAAAACAACAAAACUCAUUCAAAGGCCGAUUAAAAGCCUUUAUAUGACGCCGGGCAGUGCGUUAAUGGUCCCUAGAAGCAUUCCAACGAGUCCAAAUUUAGAAUGACGCAAAUUUUAGAACAUUUUAUAUUCAGUAAACUAGCUGACUUCGCGAAGUUUUAAACCGGUGUCAUUUCAGUCUAGAAAUUUUUAAGUUGAGUGAGCUGCAGCGAAAGAGUGCCUGGUUAAGGCUUACAUAACAACUUAAAUAGUUAGCAAAACACUACUUUUUGGGCGGUCCGAUAAACAACAGGAUUCCGCAUGGAAUAGACUACAAACUGAAUGAAACAUAGUGUACAAAUUAUCACCUUCUUGUCUGCAAAAACCGGCCUAUGGUGCAAUGCCAUUAGAGCCUGCUGAAACUAGACCUAGAUCUCAUUUUCCUGAGUCGAGAGUUGCUUUUCCAAGGUACAAUCAGCUAAGCUAAACACCGACGAAACAAUAUUAAUGGCUGGCACAGAAUAUUUUGGCGAAACCGCAGUUCAACCACGCAAUCACAUACCUGUCAACAGCAUGCGGAAAUCACACAAUCACACACUUUCGCGGCACUGAUAAGACUAUCCACAACCACGCAUAAUCUUCUCACGUUUAACAUAAGCGAAAUAUCAUCGAAUAACUCGGAAAAACUCAGCCUAUUGCCAGAUAAACACCUCUGGACCUUUCUCUUACACUGUUCCCGAGGCCAAAGACUUAGUGGUCACCUUAGAAAAGCGAACAAUAUCGUACCUUUCUGUCUCAGCCCGGAUCAGGGAGAUUAAUCCGUUUAGCCAAAUGAAACGAGAAUAUAAUACGAUAUUGGACGAUGCAGACUCUGCGAAUCGUAAUAACUUUGUCCCAUCUCAGAGCUUUACAUGAUGCUCUCCGGGAAACUUUUCUCAAGGUGACCAAUAUAUAAAACUUAACUGCUAAACAGCACCGAAACCAGCCUUAAGCGCCCGCUGAUUUCAAACUGAUAACUGUCACUUGUGUUAAAGAAAGAAUUGUGGGUAGGGAAAAAAAUGGAGGGGGGGUUAGAUAGUAAUUCUGUCUACAGCCACUUCUACACAAAUCUCUAACCAUAAGACAAGCCAAAAAAACAAACGACAUAAGCAAACAACACAGUAAACAAGCUAUUAGACAGCAGAAGUUGAGAAAAAUUACAAAAUGUUUGCUAACCCGGUUUUCAUAACUCCAGGUAGAUAUACAACAACAAUAAGCUUGGUAUGAUCGUUUUUAAAAGAUCUUAAAAAUUCUUGUUUUUGAGAGCUGGUGAAGGAUGUUUUGCCAGAUGAAUAUGAUAUCUAUUCUUGUUUCAUUAAUCCUUGAAACCCUAAGAUCAAAAUUUGAAUUCUCAUUUGUUGUCCCUACUCAUUUCCUACAGAAGUAGUGGGGAGAAGUUGAUAAAUUAUCAAGCAAAUUCAUCUUGUGUGAUCAUGUCCGUAAUUCUCACGACCACUCUGUUUUACAAAGCAUUGAUAUUACAAAGAGAAAUUUGAUGCUACAAAGUUUUUUACUAUAGCGGUAUCUAGCAAAUCACUCAGGUAGGUUGAAAUAUUCUGACACCUCCGUAAAGUGAGAGUGAAAGCUACUCUUAAUGCAAUGAUUGAAGUGUAAACCAAAUGACAUUAAAAACGAUUGCUUGACGAAAGAUUCUUCAUCUUUAGACUGAAGAUACAAAAUGUAGUUGUUUUUGUUGAUAGUGAUAUUUAAAGGAAAGCGACCAAGUUGGUAGCUCUACAAGCAAUAUUAGAAGCCUUGUUGUUUACCUCUAAGCAACGUUUGCAUGGUGUUUCUUUUCAAUUUGUGAGCCGUCCCAGUCUGGUUUGGCAUGCACACCCCAAUUAUACAGCUAUUUCAAAAAACGUUGUCGGAAGAAAAGCAAAAAGUCUUCAAGCCAAGACCUCAAGGUAAUGUGGGUUGUUCCAAAUCCGUCUUUUGCUGGCAAACAAUCACUCCACUAAACUCGCUGAUUUUUAUUCGUCAUUUAUACUGAACCAUACUUAUCAUUUUAGUUGUUAAAAAAGCACAAGGGAAAAUUACAUCCUCUCCUUUCUUAGUGUCAUCCAUCGAUUUGAGACAUUUCCAGAAAGUUUUCGCAUCUGAAUUGUCUGCAUUGCAUUUUUUUUCUAGCUCCAAAAUCUUGGCAUUGUAAUAAUCAUUCUUUUUAGUAUUAAGCAAUUUCUUGUAUUGCGUCAGGUUAUCAUCAUAUUGCUCACGUAUGGUAGGAUUCAGAGGGUCUCUUUCUUAGUCUUGUUUGCUAGUUUUCUUAAUUCAUAUAUUUUCAAACGGCAUUCUUUAUCGAUCCAUUUUUUGUUUGAGAAUGACUUUAAUGCGUCUAUGAGUUUUACUUUUUUAAAUCUUUAAACAGCAUUUAGCCAUUGUGAUUGAAAUGUUUUCCACCUUCUCGAGGGAUAUCUACGCAUAUUCACUGUGUGUCGUCAGCAAUAUAAUCCCGUAUAAGCGUUUGUACACGGGGAGACGUUGAAGCAUCUUUGAAUUUUUGCGCAGAGUCGUUUACCCAAAAAAAUUGUUUCGGUAAAUGUGUUAAACAAUCUCCUUCAACUCUCUUUUAACGGACACAUCUAUAAGAAACAGGACUUGUAAUUCGGAUGUUCCCAGUUCUCGUCUCAGUUGUCAGUAGUCUGGCUAGUCCCUAGUUCAAAUCUUCGGCCACGCUUGUAAAUAGCCAACUGGUUCGCCUCCAAUAGUUGGGAUUUUUAAGCAUGUGUUAUGUUCUAUUUAUUAUUAUUAUUAUUAUUAUUACAGACCCCGCGCUAAGACAGACACCCUGUGGUUGCGCGCAUGUGAAUUUUGACGUUGGACUAUCCUGUUCUAGGUGUUCAGAUAGUAGAGCGCGGGAGAAAAAUUCACGAAGAAAAAAAAAACGACGAGAGACUAGUUUUCCCGGUGUAUAAUUUAAAUCGCUCCCCACUGACCGCCGCGCUCUAUUUGAACCCCUGAAACAGGCUAACGUUUGACUAGUGCCUAAUUUAGUAGUAAUCCUCUUUAAGCCGUUGGAGUCACAAGUCAUUGCAAGACGAUUUAUUUUUCACUUUUUAUUCAAAAUUUGUGCUUUGUGAUUUAUCGACUACUUUUCAGAGUUUUCUCAUGCAGGUUUUUCUUUCUAUUUUUCUUCAUUAAUAAAACCGGCGCCGGCCUAGGGACUUUACGAAACUACAACGAUGUCGGCAAUAAGAACGUCCAAAAAGCAAUUUUCUUCUCGCGCAUCAUGUUUUUUUUUUUUUUCAUUUCCGUGCGGUCCCUGCCGAACAGCUACAACGUGACGUGAAAUAAUUUUAUCGGAGAGGCGAUAAAUUUUACUGUCUAUUCCUGUACUCAAACGCGGUCCUCACUCUUCUGCUCCAGCUAAAUCUCCCAAUUUUUUAAAGACUGAAUGAGUUGGAGGCCGAACAAAAAUUUUAAAGGAAACGAAGUCAGUUUUGCAGUGACUUGUUCACUUGCGCGCGCGUCGCCGUUGUCAGGUCGUCACAUUUCACUUCCAAAGUUAGGCUAUUUUUCGUAGGAAAAAGGAAACCUAAAAUUUUCGGAUUUAAAAAUGUGAUGGCGAGAGGAAUCAGAAAAUGUGUCACUUUCGUAAUACGUCAAAUUGCAUCUAAGAUUUUCAGGAAAAUAAUACUCAAACCCUUGAAAUUUCGAAACGAUUUAAGUUCCCCUAGGAUGACCGAGCAGAUACAAAUUUAAUAGCCCCGCUUAGAAUGCAUUUCUAGAGAUCUGAAAGUACCCUGGAUAGGCUAAAAAGUGUUUUCUAUGUAUGUAGGAGGAAACCGUCGUUGGGUGCCCUUGAUGAAAUAUAACCGAGCUACGGAAAGGCGGUAAGAUUUCAAGACGUUCGGUGUGAGGACUAUAAAUGAACAAAGAAACUCUACCAAUGUAAAUUUGAACUGACGAACUAACGUACCGCAAAUCACGAGUAAGAAUGUCAGGGUUUGCAAGUUUCAUUGAUGGGUGAAGUCAGUGUGACUUCUGCUCGACAGACUUUGGAAUAUUUGGAGUCAAGUAACACAAUGAAAAACAGAAAUGUAAUAUUCCUUAAACAAGAGUUAAAAAAAAAACAGUAAUAAUAAGAGUAAUAAAAACUUUGACAGCUCACGAGUGUGCCAUUUCAGCGCGUGGUUCUGGCAUGUAUACACUAUCGUGAAGGAAACAUGAGGUAGUUAAGGCUGUCAUGAGAGAGUCCUCUGACCUGAUCAGGAUAAUUAUCGUAAAAACAUUAUAACAUGAAAUGGCGUAUAAGUAACUUGUAAAAUACUUUGUCGCGUGUUUGGGUCCAUUGACUGAUGCACGUCAAUCAUCUAUCAUACAAUAAGGCUACGUACUUUUCCGGAAUCCGGAUUGGUCGGGAAUGUAGACAAUUUUGUUACUGGGUUCCUUGUGUCGUUUUUAAUAGAUGUGAGUAUCCGAAAUAAAAAAGCGCCAGUUUCGUCAAGUCUCUAGAGAUUUUGGACCAGAAACUUAAAGUGAAUCCGAUGCUUCUCAAAUUCGGAAUGUUUGUAGUAAAAACAAUUUUUCCAACGAAUCCGGAUACUUUUUCGCAUUUGAUCAUACGAGUUUGCAGUAGUACCAAAGUGGAAUUGUCACUCUCAUGAAAAUAGGGUGCUUUAGCAACAACGACGGCCAGGGCAGCAAAAACGUCCUUAGUUAUCAAACGAAUGCGCGUUUUUUUUUUUAACUUUUUCAUGUGUAAUCCAGCUCCCUUAAAAUGCUAAAUUAAGGUGAAUUUCCCUGCGAAGUCUUGGAAACCGCACCCAAGUUGUGUUUACGUCCUUCAAACAAAGACGCCAAAAGUAAAUUUCACGUCGUGGUCGUACAGGUCGUAAAACACAGCUUGCUAAACGUACAAAAUUUGUUGUUUUGCAUUUUCUUAUUAAACCUGUUUCCUUUUGACGUUCUCGUUGCCGUAGGGUCGCCGUCUCAUUCGUCUUUACUUCCAGGAUCUAUCAAUGUGCGCAAACCAUUAGCAAUCCCAAUACGUUUUUAAGUAAUGAUCCGGGUAAGGUGGAUAGCAAUUUCUUUUGUUAUGCGGCAAGGGUGCUUUCCCCACAUAGGAAUGUUCUCAUUUUUACACAGAGAAAGCAUAAACCUACAUGAAGGCCGUUUACGCAAUAAAAUGCAUUUACACUCUACUUUGAAAGGGUGUUUUUUUGUGUUAAAAGAUUUUGACCAAUCACAAGAGUGGAAAACAAUAGCCGAGAAAAGUUUACAAUUUUACAUGUUUCCCACAUAGGAUUUCUUUGUUAUUCAAACUCAGACCAGAUUUUGUUAUAUGGAAGAUGGUUGGAAAGUAAGGAUGAAUAUAUGUACUGCUUUAUGAAGUUUUGUUAACUUUUGCUGUUUAAGCCAAUCAGAAGUAAGUACCGACAAUAGAAAAGUUAGCACCUUUUUUGCAUUCCAACAUGUUCGUUGCCGUUCAGUGCUUUCGUUCUUAUCUGGACCGUUUCUCAAUAAAAACGCCUGCCAACUUUUCAGUAGAUAGACGUGAUUCAAGAUUCGGUGAAUUACGUCGUUUCUCUGGAAACCGAAUAUUUGGGUGCAGAGAAAAAAAGAGUCCGUUGUUUUAGACCAAAUAUAUAUUUUAAAGAAACAAACACGAGAGUUGAAUGAAUGGAGGCAAUCUGUGCAGCUCUUAAAAUAAUCCAUUUUGGAUCGUUAUACUGCCCAGAUACAUGUACCCCUCCCCUAAGCCAAUGUUGCUAAUGUUGGCCUAGGGGAGGGGUGCGCAAUUUCCAGAAACCAUAAGACGUAUAAUGACCAAUAAUCAUCUUUAUGUAUUUUGCUUUCUCUUUGGUAUUAACUUUUGAUUUUUUUUCUUAUCUUAUAUCUGUUCUUUUGACCCAAACAAGCGAAUUCUCAACCAGCUUUUGACUGUUGCUUAAUAGAAGGAAAGCUUUCUACAGACUGAUUGUCGUUCUCGUUCGACAUCCUUCGACCUCGCAAUCGUAAGAAAUUUUUAUCCUAUGAAAUUGGAUCCUUGAUGUAAAUCAAAGAAGCUUUCUAAAGAUUUGUUGCCAACUAGAUGGGAAUUUGCACAUGAUCACUUUUGAUUAUAGAACUGUGCUCGAUAUGUAGUCAAGUAUGUCAUUCUGAUUGCAGAUUUAGUGGUCGCUUACGAGAAUCGCACAACAAACUAAAUAUUACUGAUCAUUUUAACACCUUCUAAGCUGCGAAAGUUGAUUUAAAUCUUGUGAACAUAGAAGCUGAAGGCUUAAUCAUAACUUUCAAAGCUUGAAAGUAGGAAAGGCGAGUUAACUUUGAUGAUAAUAAUGGUUAUGAUGAUACUGUUGACUAUGAUAAUAGAGUCUUUUAGAUUCUAAGACGAGUACGACUACGAGUACGAGAUUUUCUCAGUACUAAGUAGUGCACUCGUGUGAGCAAGCGUCAUUUUGGCGGGAAAAUGUGGUAGCUACUACGAGUUUUCGCGCGAAUGUUGUGAUAGCGAAAACAAGAUAUCAAAUGUUAAAAGUUUUUAUCACUUUGCUAUCGGGAGAGCGCGUAACCUCCUUCACUAAAGUUAACAAUGCUAAUUUUUCUAUUAAAAAAAUGGGAAAAUGAAGCUUUCCGGGAAGUCUAUAGAUAUUUUGAGAAGACGAGAAAAAACUUCAAGUCAAAUCUCGUAUAUUUUACUCGUAGUCGUUCUCGUCCUAGAGGCUAAAGGUCUCUAAUGAGAAUGGAAACAAUCUGUGACGUUAUUAUAAAAGAAGGAUAAAAGUAAAGGUGGUAAUGAUAAUGUAGAUAGAGCUGGUUACCAUGGUUACUGCACAAAGUAAAGGGCAUUACAGUUUAGUGCAUUAAUAACAAAAACAUCCUUCAUUGAACUAGAAAAUAAGGACCUUCACUUGUGUAGUGGUUUAUUAAUAAUGUUACAAAUACUUAAUCUUUCAAUGGCGCCUAAAAAUAACACCUUUGAUAACACCAUCAAUACUGAACCAGAUCUAACCAGUUUGGUGAAUUUCGUAAAUCGUAAAAAGGCUGGCAACUCCGCUGAUUUCAAUAUACCCACAAUUUCAGAACGCGAAGUUUUAGAAAUCGUCAAAUCAGCCCCAUCAAAUGCUGCAACUGGACUUGAUGGAAUGAGCUCCCCUUUGUUAAAAUUAAUUGCUCCUGCAGCCGCUCCAAGUCUAGCAAAAGUAACAAGAAUCGCCGAAAGGCGAUUUUUAACUGGGCUGCCAAGGGGCUAUUUUUUCUGAAGGGAGGGGGCGGCUAUACACACUCAGGCUACCACAAAACCUUGUCGGCAACCAUUGCAUGCGACAGAACCUCAUGUGAGACUGAAACAUAAACUCAUUCAGAACAUUGUACCCUUUUGAAAGACUUUCGUAACUAAAAAAAAAGAGUACCAUUUUUAAGUGGGGGCUGUAUAAUAAGUUUUUAAAUUCCACCAUUAUGAGUAAAAAUAAACAAGUUUGCCAUUAAUUGUAAGCAGGAAACAAUUUGCAUUAUUUCCACGUACCCCUCCCCCAAUCCCUCUGUGCCCCAAAAUAUAUAGCGUGACAGUAUAACGUGACUAAUUUGACGUAACCGGAAAUUCCAAAAAUUGUUGUCGUUCUACGAGCAUAAAAUGCGACAGACUGAGCUGAUUUACACUAGACAGAAAUAUUGUAUUGUAUGAAAACCAGAAGUAUACUAAGACAGACUGAUAACUGCCCAUUGAUUCCGCCUGAUCCAGGGGCCUCACUGACUGCACGGAGACUUUACUGCGCUUUUCACAAUCAUGCGAACUCUAAAGUUCAAAAGCCACCUUCACAAUUGUGUUUAUCGCUGCCGUCAAUCAUAAUUACGAUCACAAGCAACGAACCUUGAAACUGAGAAACACACAAAACGGAUCGAAAUCCACAAAUCACAAAACAUGAGCUUUUGAACCCGUGAAGUAAAGUCUUGUUUCCUAAGAGGUCUGUUAAGAUGAUUGACAGCAGCGAAAAACGCAAUCGUCGGUUGGCUUCUGAACUUCAGAAUUCGCAUGUUUGUGAAAAGUGCGAUCCUAAUUUGCGGUCCACAGUCUACAAGAAAACGCACUAUUUUUUCCACAAGAUGAAAAAUAUUCAGUUUUAAGAUUUUCCUCAUGGUAUUUUUCUCUAACUUAAAGGAAUAAAAUCCUUUGCAUUUUGAGACCAUGUUGCGUUCACCAGCACGCACUUCAAACAAUGUAAAUAGAUGAAACGAUCGAUAACAUAUUUUUUACCUGAUACCGAUUCGAGUUAAAAAUUCGCUCCAGUUCUGUUUGUCUCACCCAAGACGAACUUUUGUGCAUGGAACAUAACUAUGCCGCUUUAUAACUCGUUCGAAGUUUUUGUGCCAGCUAAACAAUAUGGAAACACUAUUCACAGUGACUCCUUGGAUAUUAAAAAGACUGAACGUGACGCACUAUUAUGCCUUUGUUUACUUCUGAUCACAUCUUCAAGCGAAGUCUCUCUUUUCAAGCGAUUCAUCUCAAUGCACAAUAAUUGACCCUUAUAUUAGUUAAAACCCUAUGGUUCAUUUAUAUUAAUGCUGUUUUUGCCCCUCACAUUGACUGUGUUCGUUCGUAUUCAAAACACCUUUACGAAAAUAAAGGUCGUAUAAGUCAUGUGUGUUAUGCACUUAUCAAUUGAAACCCCGACCCCCCCCACCCCGGGCCUAUGUGGGGCAAUGUGGGGGAUUGUUAUGGUAUUUGAAGGCAUGGUUAGCCCGUGGGGGUGGGGGAUUUCUCAGGAUUUGCUUAGCAUAUUCAUGGCAGUCCAUGGAAGUCGGGGAGCGAGGUGGGGAUUUGACUCGUGCCUAGUUUCCUCACGGUAAUUUCUUCACGUGAUCACUGGUAUUUUGAUGUAUUGCUCGGCCGCCCGGGGGUACUGCCAUAUAUGGGCUAUAUAGGUAUGUGCUGCUGUGAAGGGUAUGGUUUUCAGGCAGUUUACUCUAGGAUAGGGUAUGUAAUUCAGAGCGUUUGGGUCUAGAAUAGGGUAUCAUUUUUCAGGAAACUGAUCAGUUGGUUGAAGAUUUUAUCUAGACAAGGGAAACAGCUACUCUAGGAUAGGGGGAUUUGGGGAGUUUACUCUAGUAUAGGGUAGCAAAAUUCAGCUGAACUAGCUCUGGUAUACGUUAAGGGUUCCAGAGUCCCAGCGGCUCAUCCCCACCCAGAAAUUCCUAAAGUACCACCCCCGGGCUCGGCCGUAAGUUUCCUAAUUGUUUUUCCUUUCAUUUCUUCACUGAGACUAAUCCUUUGCGAUUUUGCCUUGAGCUUUCAUGGUUCGUUGACUGGAAAUUGUUAUUGUUAUUCAAAACUUCUCAAACAAUGCAGAUACAAACUCCUCUACUUAUUAUAAAAGAUGCUGUGUCACGGCUAUCUGGUUCAUUUUGUUAAUAUUAUUACGUGGUCCCUAUUCGCUUUUGAGCGUUACGUUGGCAAAGAAAUGAAGAAAUGAAAGCUUCGUUUUAAACAGAUGUUUCUCCCAAGCAUAUCAAGAGUUACGGACGAAAACAAUGAACUUUGAAAAACUGUUAGGUUAACAAGUUUUCAAAAACCAAAAUUUCAAUCGGUUUUAAUCUUCUUUAUGUUUUCCCAUCUGUACCUUCUUUUGUAUUUGCUGAGUCAUUUAUACCAUCUUUUGGCAUCUUUUAAUGUCUUAAGCGGUUAUUUUUAUGUUUCACUCAAUUUGGUGGCAGUUCCCACAGCCUACAUUUUGGUAAAUUUCAUGACACAGCUCGUUUAACGUCUAGUGUUAAACCCAUGUGGUUUCUGAAGUUCUAUAUUUCCUCAUUCUUUAAGUGAGUCGGGCUAUAAAAUAUAGCUCCUAGGAACUAUUUUAUGCAGUCUAUUUAUAACAUCAGCUUGUGAAGGUUAAGGUAUGUUGGCUGCUAUUUUCAAUUAAACUUAUCAUUGCGGAUAUUACUUUCAAUGGAGAUGGUACGGAUUUCCUUUUACUUUAUAGCAAUGUGCUACUCCAUCAUCCAUUUUGUACCCUGACUUUUUUAUAAGUGGGUAGGGGUCAUUAUGUUUACUUAUUGUCAAAUAUUUGUUGUAUUUAUAUCUUGGUCUGUUAUCAUAUUUGCCUUUUUGCUCUAGUAAAUUUGUCAAUAUUAAGAAGUUGAAAAUUCGAACGAAAUAUUAAUAAAGUCAGUCAGGGAAUUAAAAGGGUUUCCCCACCUGGGUGGGGGUUUUACCUGUCAAUAUGCCCCAGUAGGGUGGGAGUUUGCCAAGAUUUGUAAUGAUGUCAAGUCAAAUCCCCACCUUGGCCCGGGGUGGGGGGGGGGUCGGGGUUUCAAUUGACAAGUGCAUUAUGUUUCGAGAUAAAUGGAUUAUACGCUUUUUUAAGUUUCCAUUUUGCGGUGACUUCAGUUUACAUCUCCAUAAAAUGGUAAAAGAAAUAUCAAGAAACAUCACGAGAGCUGAAAACUUUCAAAGGCAUGUUUCUGAAACUCGCUAAUGCUGACAUCAAUAUAGCGUGCUUGGGCGAAAACACAGAAUUGUGAUCACAAGAUCAUGUACAAAUUUAAUGAUAAAAGCUUAGCAAGAUACAAAUACAAACAAAAGCAAACCCCCUGAAACCUCGACGUGGGCUACACUUGUAUGCUCUACUCAGUCACCAAAUUGGGCGCUUUCCAUUUAGGAAAAAAACCCGGAAAUUUCGGUGGGAGCAAAAGUGGAAUUUUCGAUUGGUAAAAAGUUGUUCCAUUUGGUCGUAAACCCCGGUACGUCGCGGUGCCCGACGGUGGACCUUGAAUUGACUACGAAGGGUUACAAUCAAGUCUUCAGCCAUAGUGUCGUCAACUGGUGAAAUACCUUGCUCAUAAAUUGUGCUUCUUAAUUGCUCAUGUACUACAUCGAUCGAUAAUUCUCUCUUUGAGUUCACGAAGCGGCCACGGCGUUGUUCCAAACCUGACGCUCACAGUCAUCUUUUAGUGUGAACCUACCGUGAACGGCGUGUCGGUUUGAAUGCAACGCGAGCAUUUCUCUGAGUUUCCCAGCGCCAACAUCAUCUAACUGACUUAAACUCGAACAAUAAAAAAAUUAUAGAGUGACUCCCAUGAUCGAAUCGCUUCGAACAACGCAAAUAGCCUUCUUCAGGUUCGCAACGCUUUGUGGGUUUUUCAGGGGGAGCGCAGACGAGGUACAAAAAGUAUCCGUGCAAGGGUUCGUGCAAGAGAAACUCAUAUGAAACCAUUUGUAAGAACAUCGUUUCUCGGUACCAGACCCUCGUGUCUUCCCUCCCCCGGGAGGCCGUUUUUCGCCGCAGACGACCGAAAGCCCAUUUUAUGACUGGGCGCACAGGCAGCCCAGUAAUAAACUGCAGCAUAAUUAACAGCAUCUGUCCAGCUCAACUCAAACUGGCUCGUGUCACUCCGAUCCGAUUUACAAACAGGGGAGUAAAACCGAUCUUGACAAUUAUAGACCUAUAUCAGUCCUCCCUGUCAUUUCGAAGAUUCUCGAGAAACGUGUCUGCAAACACUUCUCAUUGCUUUUCUCACCUAUCACGAUUUACUGUACAAAUGCCAAUCGGGUUUUAGAGCUAACUACUCCUGCGAAACCAUCCUUAUCAAAAUUACAUAUGCAUGCCGGCUAGAAGCAAUGGAUAACGGCCUAUUUACAGGUGUUGUUAUGAUCUGCGCAAAGCUUUCGACGUUGUAGAUCAUAAACUGCUGCUCAAGAAACUUCCACUAACUCCCUCAAAUGGUUCCAAAGUUACCUCAGCGGAAGGUAAACUAUCUGAACCGCUCGGUAUUCACUCCGGUGUAUCGCAGGGGAGUAUUCUUGGUCCCGCCCUUUUUUUGCUCUUCAUAAAUGAUCUGCCACUAGUACUGAAGAAUAAUAUUGGCAUUUAUGCCGAUGACUCAACCCAGUUUAUGCAUCCGCACCUACCUUUGCUGAAGUCGAGGAGAAAAUUAGACCUGACUCUGACCCAGUAUCGAUGUGGGCAAAGGAAAAUAAAAUGAAAAUGCACCCAGCAAAGACAAAGUACAGUAUAAUCUCGACCAGACAAAAAAUUGUAAAUUCAGCAAAACAAACGCUCCCUUGACCUUUCAGUUGAGGGCAUGCAACUCACUAAGGUUAAGUCAGAACGUGUCUUAGGAGUAUAUAUUGAUAGUCAUCUCACCUGGAACGAACACAGUGAAACACUGCGCCAAAAACUACAUCAAAGAAUUGCACUUUUAGCAAGAGCUCGGAAAUAUAUACCAACCAAAUAUCGAUUGCUUCUCUACUAUGCCUAAGUAUCAAACCGCUCUUUACUUAUUGCUGUACUGUUUGGAGCGACUGUAGCUAAACCGACUUAGACGAACUGUUUAAACUUCAAAACCCUGCGCUCGAUAAAUUUUGGAUAGUCCUCGGGGUGAACGAUCUUUUGUUAAUUUUCAAAAGCUUAAGUGGCUACCAAUUGAUCAAAUAUUCAAGCUCAAUAAACUCGGCCUUUUAAACAAAGUCGUUGAUUCGAAAAGCACCGGAAUACUUAAUCACAAUGUUGGGCUCACUUUGGUUUGAACACAAGAUUUCUAAGGUACCAGAACAAAAACAUUAUACGGCUUACCGAAACCCAGAACCGAACCAAUGGGGAGAACAUUCUUCUAUUCCGCUAUUAUAAAAGAACUAAAUGCUGAACUUAGAACCAACCACCUCCUUUAGCUUGAUGAAGACAACACUGACUAAUAACGCCCCCUCAAACUAUACAGUGGACAAUUUUAAAGUUAAAAAAAGUUAUUCUGAUUUUAAUAUCAUUGUAGAUUGGAUUCCCUUUUUUACCAAUGUAUUCACUUCCGUUUUUAACAUCUCUCAAUUUUUUAAAUCUCUAGAAUUUUUAAGAUCUUUUGUUAUAAUCACUAUUUGUAAUAGGCUUUUUAUCAUGAUUGUUGUAAUUUAUUAUUACCGAUUUUGUUUUUAGAGGGCCAUUAGGGAGAAUACGUCCUGCACAAAACUUGAACUGAUACCGAUUUCCACGUCACAGUCGUACAGUGACGGCGAAGAAAUGUACAAAAAAGCUUCAUGCCCGUGCAGAGUUGUUGUUUUGCAAAUCCAAAUCUAUUGCUUUUUUGGCGUUCUCGUUGACCUCGCAUUCCUCGUUGCCUAAGCUCCCUGUGGCGGUGCCAUAAAUCGUUUCCCAGAGCUCUGGGAACGAGAUUCAAAAUGUUAGUCAGGGAGUUACGGAAGUGACUCAAUUUAAGUCUUGCCUCUUGCAUAAAGCUACAAAGAUUUGAGGUCACGCCUUGGGAUCCCUCGUACAGGAGGCCGUGUAAUAACCAACUGUGCUAGUCCCCUUAUUUCAUGAUUUUUACUAGGCUUAUAGGCGAGCAAACGAUGAUCCCCAAACUAGGCAAAAAUGAGGUCUUAUGAGUACAAUUACAUGCAAAAUAUUGGUUUAAAGUAUGAUCGAUCAAUCAAUGUCUAUCAUCUAUAUAACGAAUUCGCGGUGCCUGAAAUGGGCCUAAAUCAAGCAGAAAGAUCACGCAUUUUCAAUCGUGUUUAUAUGGGCGAUCACUUCAUAUGCCUUUUUCAAGUAAAGUUGCUUACUCAGGGGCACCCAACGUCAAUUUUUGGAAAAUAUCUGUUCGGAAGACGAUUUGAGAUCUAGAAUUUUCGGAAAAUUUGUUGUAAAAUUUCUUGCUUGCCUGCCUCUCCUUGGGAUUUUCGAACAUCUAAAAAAUGGUAUAAUUUCCCAUUUUUAACGGAUUUUUACCCUAAAAAGGUCACCUAGAAUUUUCAGGAGCCUUUUUUCUCGCUGAAAUUUUCGAAAAGGUAACUUUUGACCCCCAUAAUUUUCGGAUCACUAGACUUCCAGCUAGGAAAUCCGAACAGAUGAAAAAUUUUUUAGGAGAUAAAAAUAUGCCUAUAUCUAACGUUUAAAUACUAAAAUACGUUCCACAAUGCUAUGUUCAAGUAGUUUUGAAGUAUAUUCUCGCUGACUUUCUAAGCACUGUUCAGUACGAAGUUGUUUGUGUCGAGGGUUGCCCGGGGGAGAUGGUAAAAGGUAAAAUUGAAGCUUUCAUUAUACAUUCGCAAAGUGUUCAAUUUGUAAUCCAUUCAAAGACAACAUUAAAAAUACCUAUGCUUCUCUUUGCUUUAGGUGUUUAAGAAAGACAAACUUGCAGCGUGUUCUUUGGUUAAAAAGAAACCUAUUGCAUCACAAUCAUUCACCUUUUUCAAGAACACACAGUCGUUCUACUCAAGUUUAGUGACUACAUUUAAGUUUGGCUUUACACUAUCAGCGGGAUUCACAUUAGGCUUUACGCUCGACUAUGUUUCCAAAAGAAUAUCAGAGGUCAAUCGCACAGUUGCUGGGAAUAUGCUGGAAAUAAAGGCAUCAACCUACCAAUCCACACUGUACGACGACUGCAUAAUGAAUGUAAAGAAUUUCGAGCCGUCAUUCCUGUCUGAUUUUGCCCAGUUACCAACUCAAAUCGACCGGCCAUGGUGGCCGACAUCGUGGAUGAGAUACGAAGCUUUCCUCAAAAAAUACGGUUCCCAUAUGGUGUCGUCAGUCAUAUAUGGCGCCAGCAUAAAACAGAUGGCAUUCGCUGAGAGCAAAAGUGAGUACACCGAAAGAGAUUUCCAAGUAAACUGCUGCCUCCAGUUGGGUGGGUCAGCUGAAGCUGUCAGCGUCGAUAUUAACAUUUGCGUUGGUAUCACUAAGGAUGAAAUUGAACGGGUCAGACAUAUGGCAAUGAGUGACAGUCUCAUCAUAAGGGGAGGCAGUGACGAAACUCGCAACGCACUAAUUGGAAAACGCACUGCUGAACUGAUCAAAAAAUUCAUGACCGAAGCCAAGACGAUCAAUUCAACUAUGGAAUUCAAAUUCACGUCUAUAUGGGACAUUUUGAAAGGAAUCUCCAAGGUCACCAGUGACAAUUAUCUCAGAGCAGUCAACCUAGAGAAUUUCUAUCUCGGUUACAGAAACUACGGAUGCCCGCUUCAGAAGUCUGGAGAUCAGAUACUUCAAGUGUUCAAUCACAGUCGAUUUUCAACCCCGGACAUGCCCAUAUAUGAAUGCUCCCUCGCCCCUGACGGUUGCCAUAGUGACCAUGACUGUCAUUACGCAAUUGGGAUCUUUUGCGCCUGUCGAGGCCGAACCUGUGUAGAGUACAAAGAGAUUAUGCUGGAAAACGGAGCGUUUAAGACUAUAGCUGUUCCACACCUGACGGAUACAGCUUUUGAAUUAGAGUGGAAAGGCUGUGACUGGAACCCCCGUUUUCCGGGAUCCAGUUGUCAGUGCCGUAAAGAAAACCACCAACGAAAAGUGGUCUGGUCCUCCUUCCAGUCAUCGGGCUGCAGAUUGAGGGAUUGGGAAGGUUUUCCAAGAAGAAGUCCACUGAGAGAAAAUUAGUCAGAUAUCAACGCCUCCGUGCAGCGGCUUUAACCCUUUUCACGUCCGUUAGUGCCGCCAUGUUGUGCUAGAGGCCAUUAAACGCAAUAGUAAAUCAAUUAUUAAUCUGAAAUUUUUACACUCCAAAAAGCUGUUGAAAGAUCUGCACAUUAAAGGCAUAAAAACGCAGCCUCUCCUAUAGAAGACCUAAGGCCUGUUUACAUGGAAGUGGGGGACCCCAGCUAGAUGGGGUAACCCUCUUAGAUGGGGCAACCCCCCUGCCCAUGUAAUCUAUCAUUUUAAAAGUUUACAUGACAGGUGGGGUGACCAUAUGAGAGAUUAUAUAGACAGGCGGUUAUUCCACCAAAGCGGGUAAACAACAACAAAAACUUUAUUUUGCAUCUGAGAGGAUUAUAAAGGGCAGUUAACAUAAUAUAGCAAAUUCCAAAACAAUGGUAUCUUUACAGUUUACCAAAAAAAAAAAAAAAAAAAAACAGAUUAAAAUAACAUGAAUUGAAUAAACCUUACAUGGAGUAUUUUUAUCGCGAAAAUGAAAUAACUUUUUCCGCACGUGUGCACAUCUAUGGCAUGAUAAUGACAAAAAGAAAGAAAAAGUAAAUGGUUGCAUUGCAAAAUAUCAGAAAUACUAUUUUCUUGUCUUCGAUUUUGCUAAAUAAUUUGCAAGACUUAUUUUAUAGACUAAAUUCGCGGAAAAAUUGAUUUAAAAAUACAUUAUUAUUAGUCCGUCAAAACGCUGUUGCAUGGGCACAAGGAAGUUGCUCGAACCGGCGGCUUAUGGGGCUCCUGCCAUUAUUAGACAGGACUGGACUGGACUUCGAGGGUUUGGAACUGUCCGGGGACGCGACUGAGCAUGAGUGGUUCAACUGA